GAUUCGCCAUCCUGCAGGCCAUCAUGGAGUCUGCGGUGGCCAACAACUGGCAGGUGACGGCCCGCUCGGUGGGCAACAUCGUGGACCCCCUGGAGUACCGGCGCAUCAUCGAGGAGAUGGAUCGCAGGCAGGAGAAGCGCUUCCUCAUCGACUGCGAGGUGGGCCGGAUCAACGCCAUCCUGGAGCAGGUGGUGACCCUGGGGAAAAACAGCAGAGGUUACCAUUACAUCCUCGCCAAUUUGGGCUUCUCCAACAUAAGCCUGGACAAGGUGUUCUCCGGCGGAGCCAACAUCACAGGCUUCCAGAUCAUCAACGCCGAGAGCCCCAUCGUCCAGCAGUUCCUCCAACGCUGGGAGCGUCUGGACGAGAGAGAGUUUCCCGAGGCCAAGAACACCCCGCUGAAGUACACGUCGGCGCUGACCCACGACGCCAUCCUGGUGAUCGUCGAGGCGUUCCGCUACCUGCGGCGCCAGCGGGUGGACGUGUCGCGUAGGGGGAGCGCCGGGGACUGCCUGGCCAACCCUGCCGUGCCGUGGAGCCAGGGCAUCGACAUCGAGAGAGCGCUCAAAAUGGUCCAGGUUCAAGGUAUGACCGGAAACAUCCAGUUUGACCCGUUUGGGCGGAGAUCGAACUACACCAUCGACGUGUACGAGAUGAAGUUGGGGGGAGCGAAGAAGAUCGGGUACUGGAAUGAAUACGAGAAAUUUGUAUAUAUUAUGGAUCAGCAGGUCACCAACGAGACUGCUUCUGUGGAAAACCGAACGAUUGUGGUCACUACUAUCAUGGAAGCUCCCUACGUGAUGUACAAGAGAAACCAUUUGCAGAUGGAGGGGAAUGAGAGAUAUGAAGGCUACUGUGUUGAUUUAGCUUCAGAAAUAGCGAAACACGUGGGGAUAAGAUACAAACUGUCGAUAGUGACGGACGGAAAGUACGGAGCCAGAGACCCAGAAACCAAGACGUGGAACGGGAUGGUGGGGGAACUGGUGUAUGGGAGAGCCGAUAUAGCCGUCGCACCGCUUACUAUUACGUUGGUACGGGAGGAAGUGAUAGACUUCUCUAAGCCUUUUAUGAGCCUGGGGAUCUCCAUUAUGAUAAAGAAGCCUCAGAAAUCCAAGCCCGGCGUAUUCUCCUUCCUGGACCCGCUGGCCUAUGAGAUCUGGAUGUGUAUAGUGUUUGCUUAUAUCGGCGUGAGCGUCGUGCUCUUCCUGGUCAGUCGUUUCAGCCCGUACGAGUGGCAUCUGGACGAGAACGACGAAGCCAAAGACCCCCAGACUCCUCCAGACCCGCCGAACGACUUUGGGAUUUUUAAUAGCCUGUGGUUCUCACUGGGCGCCUUCAUGCAGCAAGGAUGCGAUAUCUCGCCAAGGUCGUUGUCGGGGCGUAUCGUCGGGGGCGUGUGGUGGUUCUUCACCCUCAUCAUCAUCUCCUCCUACACGGCCAACCUGGCCGCCUUCCUGACGGUGGAGAGGAUGGUGUCUCCCAUCGAGAGCGCCGAGGACCUGGCCAAGCAGACGGAGAUCGCCUACGGCACCCUGGACUCGGGUUCCACCAAGGAGUUCUUUAGGCGCUCCAAAAUAGGGGUUUAUGAAAAAAUGUGGUCAUACAUGAAAUCGGCCGAACCGUCAGUGUUCGCCAAGACAACUCCAGACGGGGUUGCCCGGGUACGAAAGUCGAAGGGCAAGUUCGCCUUUCUUCUCGAAUCCACUAUGAACGAAUACAUUGAGCAGCGGAAGCCAUGCGACACCAUGAAAGUGGGCGGCAACCUCGAUUCUAAGGGCUACGGUGUGGCCACACCAAAAGGCUCUGCAUUAAGAACUCCUGUAAACCUUGCAGUAUUGAAACUCAGUGAACAAGGCAUCUUAGACAAGCUGAAAAACAAAUGGUGGUACGAUAAGGGUGAAUGUGGAACCAAGGAUUCUGGAAGUAAGGACAAGACAAGUGCUCUAAGCUUGAGCAAUGUGGCUGGUGUCUUCUAUAUUUUGGUCGGAGGGCUGGGGCUGGCUAUGACUGUGGCUUUGGUAGAGUUCUGUUAUAAGUCACGGCAAGAAACCAAAAGACUGAAACUGGCAAAGAAUGCCCAAAACUUUAAGCCAGCUCCUCCGGCAAACACCCAAAACUUUGCCACUUACAGAGAAGGUUACAAUGUGUAUGGAACGGAGAGUGUUAAGAUAUAAAGGAUGUGGAGUCUGUCUCUUCCACCAGGGUGUUUGGUAUAAGGCAAAGCCUUUCUGUGGGAACACAACACAUUGCGGCUGGCACCCUGGAGGCGACAGACUUGGUCAUCAGCUUGGACCCAAACCUACUGUCAACAAAUGCCCAUCCCGUGUUGCCAAGCCUUGCACGAUAAUCGACGACGAUGACGCAAUAGGACUUGCGCUUCUUGAAACAGUGGACUUGCCUCUCUUAGUGCCUUACAGAGCAAUGCAACUCAAUUAUAGUUCACUUGAAAAAAGAAUCCUAAAAAUAACAUGGGGGGGGGGACAUAGACAGAAAACAUUGUUACAAAGAAAAUUCUGAACUGCUGUUAUCAAUGGGUGGAAAUGUUUUAGUUAGAUUAUUUUGAAUUUAAAAAGCCAUUACUUGCCAUCAAACCCAUCCUGGAGUACAUUUGAGGUCUUUUGAAUCAUUAACAGACAUUUUAGUGGUGAAAUGUUUAACUGAAAAUAUGUUGUGAUUUAUUUAAUGUUCUGAAGGUCAUCUACCUAUUUUACUAUAAGGCUAUUUUCUGUGUCUUGGUAUUUACGGACACAUCAAUAAGAUAGGAUCAGUUUAAUCAGUAUUUAUCCAGUUUUUCUUUUCUUUAUUUCAUUUGAUAUUUUGACACCAUUGAUAAUCUGGAAUUGCAAAGGUGCUGCCAAUUUCCUGAGCCUGAUGUACAAGCUAACAUUUAAUUUAGGUAGAAUUAGAUUAUUGUAAUAAUUACAAUGCAGUAUUUAAACCCCCUUCAUCACUACUGCCAAAAUUUGAAACAGACUUUUGAACACACAUGGUGCCAUAAGGUUUUCAAUAGAAGAACUGACUCUUGCUAAUAUUUUAAUCAUGGAAACCCUUUUCAAUACAAUAUAAACGGUUUGGGUAUUCCUUUGAGUCUGAAAAUGAAUCACACUUCGUACACAUUAACAUUGAGCGAGUAUCAGUGCAAUAGAACGAUAUCUGAGUAUACAAGCUCUACAGUAUCUUCACACUUUGGUAAAAAAUAGCACAUUAUAUUCAGUUGUAUUCGGUUGUAAUUUGCAUUCGAUUUUCUCUUUACCUGUGUGUACUUUGUUGAAAUUUGAUGAUGUAGUGAACGGAAAGGAGGAAAAGUGAAGAAACAUGUACUAAAGAAUGUUCCGUGUGUUUGUUUCUACAAAAACUGUGAUUACGCUACUCUGACAACAUGCCAAGACAGAACAAAAUUACACGAAAACUUAUUUAUAAAUGGUACGGAACCAUACAUGUUAAGAAACCUGUAUAUUUGUUUAGUUUAUCAAGGCUUCUUCUCAAUUCUUCCCUUAUAAGAUGCAUGUGAAAUUGGUGAUCGCUUUACCAAACUGCAGCCUACUGCAGACCCUAGGGAGUUAGCAUACAAUCUCAACAUGAGAUCCUUUCUGUCUUUUAUUUUGAAAAAUUGAUUUCAUUUGUAACUGCACCUCAGCAAUGAGAAAAUUGCCAAGCUACAUAGUGAAAACAAGAACUGCAUGUGUGGGCAUAUUAAACCUCAUUAGUGAGGUUGUGUACAAAGAAUUUUAUUACAUUUUGUAAAUAAAAACUGAUUCCAAAAACCAUAAACUGUUGGGAGUCGUCUUAGAUAAUGCCUCAGUAUGUCUUCCCCACUGCGUACAUGUAAAUAUCCUGCUAAAUCAGUUCAUUAGAACGUACAUGUUGAAGAAACCAGUUUCAGUGUCACAGUAAGAGGCCACAAGAAGAGUUUGACUCACUAAGAAAACUAUCAUUUAUUAGUUUUAAAAAAAAGCAUACACUUGUAAAGUACAGCAGAUAAAAACUCCAAAAAGUUGUUUCGAAACAUUUGCAUUUGGAGUACAAAGCUUUUGAAAUUGUUUUUAUUUUUAUUCGUUUUUUUUUUACAAUUCUUUAUUUGCUUCAAGGAGGAACUGUCAUUUUACAAAUCAUUUAAAAACCUGAUAACACACUAUCGCAUAAUGGUCAUAGCAAGGAACAUCAAAAAAAUAAAAAAUAACAUAUGUCAUGACGUACAUGUUACCUUCUUUAUUAUUGUACACAUAAUAUACAAACUGGUCAUUUGUAUCAUUUCACUCAACUAUGCCUAACUUUUAGCCUGGAUUAAAAGGAGAAAUAAAUAGACACAACUAGAUGAGGCAAAUGAAAGUGUGGAGAGGGUUAAUUUCAAUAAAACAAGCAGGGGAGGGGGAAGCCUGACAUGGACCAAUAGAUGACAUUUUCCAUCAAGCAUAUGAUUAUCCAAUAUAUGCUGUUAUGCUUUCGAAAGAGCAUUUAAUACCGUUUCCAGAUGUCUGAGUAGAAUAACAUGUCGUGAUUUGAAUAGCACACUGUGCCAAUAUUCAAAAGUAAAAAAAACAAAUAAUAAA